UCCGCCGCGGCGGCGAGUACACGGGUGUGUAGGUUACUCGAGAUCCCCCGGCCCUUCGUUCCACGUUCCGCGGAAUUGCGUAGUCGAAAUGCGCGGUGACUAGGUGGUUUCCCCCCCGAGCUUGAUAAGCGCCCCAGCUCCGGAGCUCGCCGCGAGGCAGCGCGCGAUUUCCCCCCUCGCGAUUUAUUUGUAUGGCUGUAAUGCAAUUAUGCUGAUUUGCCGAGGACGUAGCGCAGCAUAUGCCCGCGACGCGGGCACGCAACGUGCGAAAGAGCGUGCGAUAAACGAGGGAUCGGCGUUACAUAAAUUUUAACGAUAAGGAAACUGUGCGGACAAAGGUUCGGGCCCGGUCUACGGAUCUAAAACGAAACCAUGAGUUCAAGCGCGUGUUACAAAUGUAACCGUAUGGGCCACUUUGCGCGGGAGUGCCCACAGGGCGGCGGCGGAGGAAGGGGAGAUCGUGGCCGCGACAGGGACGGCGGUUUCGGACGUGGCCGAGAGAAGUGCUUCAAAUGCAACCAGUUCGGACAUUUCGCGCGCGAGUGCAAGGAGGAUCAGGAUCUUUGCUAUCGCUGCAAUGGCGUGGGUCACAUUGCGAAAGACUGUCAGCAGGGACCGGAGUUGAGUUGUUACAAUUGCAACAAGACUGGUCAUAUGGCCCGCAGCUGCCCGGAGGGCGGCAAUGAUUCCGGCCGCUUUGCGAUGCAGAGCUGCUACAACUGCAACAAGACGGGCCACAUCGCUCGCAAUUGCACCGAGGCCGGUGGCAAGACUUGUUACAUUUGCGGCAAGACUGGUCACAUAAGCCGUGAAUGCGACCAGGACGACAGGAAGUAGGAGAUAACCGGAAUCCGUGCCGCUCGCUUAACGAUUACGAUAAGCAGUUUACCGUCGCGCGUGCCGCUACAGGAGGUGGUAGCUAGGUAGGGAUGUGCGGACAUAUAUCUCGUUGACGCGUACAAUCCGCAGAGACGUAUGGCUGCGCCGUCGUCGGCGUCGUUGACAGCGCCAAUGUGGCGUUGUCCGCCUCGUCGAUGUCGUCAUUGCCAUUAAAGUCGUCCUCGCCGUCGUCGUCGUCAUCGUCAUAGGGUAACAUUUCGCUUUUCGCGCGACAAACUUUUCCCGCGCGUCGAUCGGCCGCGAGAGGGUUCUCAUCCUACGUAACACGUCUGACAUUUACAUUUACACAUCGGUAAUACGCAUACAGACGCACAUAUACACGGGCACACACACAUCCAUGCUCCGCAUACGUACACAACGACAAGCUUAAGGAAAUCUGUCGCGCGACGAACGAAAUGGUACCCGUAAUCGUACGAAUUUCAUCUCUCCAUGCUCCCAGCUCUCGGAGGCCAGCCAGUUUCCCCCAAACACUCCUCGUCCUUAUUCCUAAUCUCCUUCCCCUCUCUGCCCACCGUUGUUCUCUUCGCAAGGAUUUUUUCUUUUCUUAACGAUGUCUUUAAGUUUUUAUCGCUGUUACACAUCGACACCUACAUACACGUACAUUUUCUACUACGUGUGAAUGAGAGCAAGGUUCAUCCUACGAGUAACACGUCUGACAUUUACAUUUACACGUAUGUCACACACACAAAUACACACACACACACACCACACACGGCACAUGUACACGGACAUACACAUCCAUAUCCCACACACAUACAUACACAACCUAUGUAAUAAUAUUAUAAACAUUCUAUUGAAUUAGAGUAGAGACAUGAAUCCUCUGUCCCCUGACUUUCGAAUCGUCUUGUACGCGCAUUGUUUUCCGAUGCAAGAUGUAUGGAUUAUCGGGAAGCUCACGCGUAGCCUCGCCGAGGAUUUGGCGCGCGUCCUGGUGGUUUUGCUGAGGUAUAAAUGAACAAUACGAUGAACAUGGUGAAAGAAUCUACGCGCACUUGCGCCAAGGUACAAAUGUAAAUGUAAGCAAGACUCCACGCGCACCCUCGACGGCUCUCGCAUUUGUACGAAUAAAGCAAAUUUUACAAAAACGACUGCUAUAAUUGAAGAAUAACAAAAGAAAAAAAACGGGGGGGCCACCCGUUGAUAGAGAGGUACGUCUUCGCCAUUGACGCGGACGCGAUGGAUAGCUUAAUUAGCAGCAACGAUGCUCGUCCAAGUGGUAAGCUGUGGCUAGAGGUCUUGGGACAAUUACUGGUAUCUUCUUAUCAUCUCGAUGUAAAAGGCGCGAUUUCUGCAGCCCAGCAUUUCUAACAAAUCUUUAUUUAUAUUCCAUGUCACGGGACCAAGUCCCAAUAAAUAUUUUUGACAUGUACAAUCAUGUGUAACUGUGUUCAUACUUCGAACUUUAAGUAUCGGCAUUUUGCAGUGGGCAAAGUAGAAAGAUGCUGUGCAAAAAGAGAAUAAACUAGGCACUCCCUUCAUCUUGAUCAUAAACGUUGCUAUUGCUAUUUGUGUUGGAAAAAUAUUUCUCUAUUAAACUGUGUGGAUUGGAUCAUUUUCGUUAUAUUGCUUUCGUUCGGCACCAACACUCCGGGAUUGCCGCAGACCAACUUGUCAUAGCUGCUAAGCACGCAGGUGGAAGACGCCGAGUGCUUGCAGACGAUCACUAUGUAAUUAAACUAUCCAUCACGAACGGAUUCACAAACGGGUGACAAGACACGGGCUCACGUCGCACCACUUUUCGCAUCCACGCAUCUUGUAUUCUCCGGUCCUCCCUCUCGAACUCUCUAGCCGACACUCAUAAAUCGUCAAAUGAAGGAAAGAAGGAAAGAAAAGAAUUCGCGAACGCGGGAAAAUGGGAAAAAAAAGUAUGCGAGAACACAUGCCGGCCCUGACUGCAUAAAAAUAAGGUUUAGUAACGCUAAUUUUUAAUAUGUAAGGAUGUAAUGAGGAUCUCACCGAGCUGUUACUGUGCGUCACUUUUGCGUUCUCUUGUUUUCUUUUCCGUUUUCUUUUUUCUUUUUUUUUUUAUAUACAUAUAUAUACCGAGCUCUAUAUGCCAUCUAGUUUUCGUAAAUAGGUACGGACAAAAAGCGAAGUGUAGUUGUAGGAUUGUCAGUGUUUACAGGUUUAUAUGCGAUUGUACCCAUACCCUCGGACCUCGAUGAAGUAGGGCGAAAGAGCGAGAGAAGACGUGCACGUUUUCUACGGAUUUUUGCUGAACGUAUAAGGGAAAAGAUGUGCGCUGCGAUUAAUACCAGUAAGACACGUUCAAAAUGGUCGCUACAUCGAUGUAUGUAUAUAUACAUAUAAACACAUGGUGGUCUGUACAAGUUGGCACAUUUUGUACGUACAAUCAUAAUUGUUAACGACGAGACCAUAGGAUCCAUAUUGUUCAUACAUUGUCGCCGGGAUGAUGGGCCCGCGAUGAAAGGGGGAGCCCACAGGAGAAAGUGUACCAACCUUACUAUAUCCUUACAUGUUGCUGAAAAUACUUCGUUACUAGGUAUAUGUAUAUAUAUAUGCGCAUGUGUGUAUACAUAUAUUUAUGCAUGUGUGCAGGAGCUGUAUUUUGUACUGUAAAAAGCUAGUUUAUACUCUGGUCGUUGCUGGGGAAUAAUUCCAAUGGUGCGUUUCAUGCUUUGUAUUUCCAGGAGAAAAAUUAUAUUUUUCAUGUGUAGAGUAUAAUCCCGAGGUCGAUACUCUUCUCUAUUUUUUUUUUGUUUCUUAAGCCGGCGUCACGUGACGUAUGAUUUUCUGCAUGGAGCCACCGGACAAAGCUGAUUGUUCUGAUCAGCUGUGUCACAGUUGUGGUCAGAAAGGUUGUCUGACGUUUUAUAAUAAGUUUCGGAAAUACAAAAUAUAUCGUGCAAUAUAUUGUAGCCUCUGCUCGCGCGAUGUGCUGCAACGCAUUAUUAGAGCGAAGGAGUGUGUACGAAUAUCUGUGCAACGAUACGAAUAUUCCGAAAACCUAUUGUAAGAAUUUGGACGACCUGUCCGACCGUGACCGUGCAUGCGUCUGUCAAAUGUUACAGUAGGGACAAACGAUACAACUUCUAUACUUGAAUGAAAUUUAUAGUUUUUAGUAACUUUUAAGAAUUUUUCCAACGCCGUAGAUCCACUGUUCACUAAAGUACAUUGGUUAUAAUUUAUAUUGAAUAACACAUUGACACGGAAUGAAAAUUGCGUACAGUGAAAUGAUCGCGAAACUAUUUUCAAGAAAAUAAUGCAUAGCAUAUUAGCGUAUAGCUAAUGCUGCGAAACAGAAAAUCGUACGUCGUGCGGCGCCCCCGGCUUUACUCAUAAGUUGUAAGGACGAAAAUUUUUGUUGAGCGCGGUCGAAGGAAACCGUAGAUUCUGUGUAGAAACUUGAUGAGAGAAAAAUCUGUUAAUUCCCCGCUGCGUAUGGAGGGGACGACCACUUAGGCUCGACGCGAGUACAAAGUGAGAUUUGUUUUAUAAACGAAGAAAGGGUGAGAAUACGAGCGCGCAGUAUUUCAUGAAGUAAAACGCAACGCGAACAACGCAAUUAGGAUAAGAUGCGAUUAGAAUUCCGAUUACUUUUUUUUUUUUAAACACCCGGACCACGUUCACGCCCGAGUAGCAGCAGCACGACACGCAGCAUCAAUUCGAUCAACUCCGGAUGGCGAGUCUUUGUUCAAGCGUCCCGAAGGGCGAGUCGCGCGAACGUCGCGCCCCAAGGGGCGACCUGCCCCUGGACGCGCGACGUCCGCGCGGCCCGUGCACCUUGCGGACUUCCGUGGUUCUACCAGCAGCGACAAUUGUGUAUUAACGUUCAGAAGCCAGGCGUGCCUGACUGUCUCGGUGGAAGAAAGAGCCCGGGCCGUCCGCCGUCCCGUCGCCGGGGCGGCGGCGCCACCCGGGAGUGUUUCUUAUAGUAACCCAGGUGUCCUGUAACAAUUUUAUACACUUAACACACUGUUCGGGACUUAAAAGAUGCCGGAUCUCAUUGCGUAGUUUCGGUGUGCUAGUGCUCACGACGAGAUUUGGAGAGGAUCAAACAAAUUGUACUUCGCUGUAUUGGACCUUCGCGGGCCUCUGGCGCCACCGAUGCACGGACGCACCGUCGGACCAAGUAAUUCGGGCAACGCGAUGUGCCUGGACGGACGUUCGAGGGUGCUCGGGGCCUUCACGUUCGAACCUUUGCAUGUUUUACUUAUUCCUUGGCUAGAUACGACGGAAUUUAAUUUUUGCUUUCAUUCCUGUAUCGGAAGGAUAAAUCGAGUCCCGGGCUCUCGAGACCGGCUGCCCCGGUACCUCGGACGUCGCUAGACUCUUCUCAAACGUCUCUUUUGUACCGUCUGGCUGGGAAUAAUUCGAGUACGCGUCACACGUGAGAGCAACGGUGUCUGGAUAGAUACGGCCAAUUCCCUCCGCGACAUGGUCUACGUGGUUCGCUGGCACCAAAGGUCCGAACGAGCAUACGAAUAAUUAUUAUAAAGAAUAAAUAAAAAAAAAACGAGUGCGAUUAGGGCACCUGCGCUUUUGUCUCUGCUACAAGACUUACGUACGAAUAUUGUAAAGAAUACGACUGUUACAGUAUAUGAAUCUAAUUCGACCGGCGGUGCACGCCGGGUCCACGGCUCGACUUAUAUAUUAAACUAAUCUAUUAAUACUUAAAAAAAAAAAGAAUAAGAAACGAGAGAGAAAGAGAGUGAGAGAGAAGAAGGAAAGAAGAAGGAAGAAGACAAGGAGGAUGAAGAGGAAGAAGAGAAAAAAAUAAGCUACAAAGUAAUAAAAGGAUUAUGGAGUAUUCGAAGUUAUGUUUUUAAACUGAAUUUUUGAAAUAGAAUGUGUACGGAGAGGCAAA